UACAAUCAGUGUACAGCCGAAUGAUAGAGAGGAUGCUUUAUGGUAUAUCGAUCAUCGUGAUUCAGCCUUGAUGAAAAUUAGUUAUAAGUAAAGUGAACUUUGUUAACUAAAUCACAGAAGACAUUUUCAUCAAACGAGAUACCAAAUACUGCAGAACUUUGAACAUGAAGCUUUUGGCAAAUGCUUUAAACAUCACAGAAACAAGACCAAAUUACAAAACAUUUGAGAUACUCGUCAAUCAGGACGCAUGGGUACUUCUGGCAGUGACUCUUGUGGGACUUGUUAUUGGUGUUGGAUGCACAGGCAAUAUCAUGGUAAUUUUAGCCAUAAAGAAAAAGAAGAAGUUACAGACAAUAUCAAAUGUCUUUGUAAUGAAUUUAGCAGUUUGCGAUCUAUUACUUUUGGGAUGUGUAUUACCUUUUAACAUCUACACAUAUAUUUCCGAUGGUUGGUAUACAACAUCUACUCUAUGCAAAUUGGUUGGCUUUUGGGGAUAUACAUUAACUGGAACAACAAUUAUAACACUUACACUGAUUGCUUUUAACCGCUACAAAUUGGUAUUAGAUAUAGGAGCAUACAAACAGCUAUAUACACGUAGAAAUAUUAUCUUGAUGUUGAUGGUUGCAUGGUUGGUACCAGCUGUGUGCCUCAUUCCAGCUUUGGUUGGUAUAUGGGGACAAUUUGGAUAUGUUCCAAUGAUGGUCACGUGUAAUCUAUUACUUGAUCACAGAAGUCAAUUAUUCAAAAUAUUCUUGAUGGUAGUACGUGCUGUUCUCCCAUGUUUUCUUAUAGUGUAUUACUACGCACGGAUAUAUCAUACGACAAGGAAAAGUCACCAGCGCAUUGGUAAAAUUGGACGCAAUCCAUCGUCACUAGAUGUACACAAUCAUGCAAAAGAAAUGCACAUGACCAGGAUGAUGCUGAUAAUUUUUCUGGUGUUUUCUCUCUCUUACUUUCCGUGCACAGUUACUGGGAUGAUCGACUGGAAUAUUGUAUUGUCGAAACAGUAUCAUAUGUUUUGUCAAAUUUCAAUCUAUUUGGGAAGUGCUGCGAAUCCUUUAGUAUACGGACUUAUGAACUCUCAGUUUAGACAGGCUUAUCGCGAAUUAGUAUGUUGUUUCAACAAUUAUCUUACUACUUAUUCACUAACAUCAACAAAAAAAAGUUCAUUUUUAAACAGUAGUAAUCAAAUGAAAGGAAAAUCUAAUUCAAGAAUGUCAUCUGAUCUUCAGUCGGGAAUUUAUCCUUUAUUGAUGGUCAAGCAUUGUAAUAUUGAUUCAAAGCCUACUUCCGAAGAAGUGUCCACUAACAAUAACCAUGACCCAUGUAUGAUGAAUGAUUCUUCAAUGAAUGAAAAACGACCAACAUUUACACUUGAAUGAGGCGGACAAUAUGCUGUGAAAAAAAACAGACUGGAAAACUGACUAAAGUAAACAUGAAUAUUUGACUCUUGUUUACAAUAAUCUGAAUGAUUAUUGAAAAAAAUGUGGACAAUUGAUUAUACGUAUUAAAUGCCCUUGAUCUUCAAUGAACGAUAGUUAAAAUAACAAAAUAACAAAAAUACCAAACUCCAAGGAAAAUUCAAACCGAAAAGUCCAUUAUAAAAUGGUAAAAUCAAAGCUCAAACAAAUCAACGUAUGGAAAACAACUGUUAUAAUUCUGACUUGGUACAGGCAUUUCCUUGUGUAGAAAAUGAUGGAUUAAACUUGGUUUUAUAGCUAGCUAACCCUCUCAAUUGUAUGACAGUCGCAUAUAAUUCCAUUAUAUUAACAACAAUGUGUGAGCAAAACAAACAGACAUUAUAGACAAACAUGUCAAAAAUAGGAGUACAGCAGUCAACAUUGUGUUAUAAUCUUAAUCACCAUAAAAACAAGUAACUAUGUUAACAGAGAAAAAAAUAAAAUGGCAUGAGCAAAAAUGAAAGACAAAAAUACAAAAAAUGAAUAUAGCACAACACCACUAAUGAAAAUAUAGAUACCGAGCCACGCCAAAAGAAAUAUUAUCAAAAAUUUAAAGAGGGGCGAAAGAUACCAGAGGGACAUUCAAACUCAUAAAUCGAAAAUAAACUGACAACUCCAUGGCUAAAAAAGAUGAUAAACAACGUCAGUACCUAGAAUCUAUAAUUAAAGACCAUCAUGUAUUAUUUGUGAAGUUGAUACGGUUGAUUAGGGACUUUCCUUUUUGAAUUUUCCUCGGAGUUUAGUAUUUUUGUGAUUUUACUUUUUAUCAAGAAGGUCUUGGUAUCUUCCGAUGAACGUUUUUUUUAGAACCACGACACGUUCUUUGACAUAACCCUAGGGCCUUGUUCAUCAACUAUCUGUUCAGACACUGGCGUCAUUUUAUAAAGUCUGAGUAGCAGCUGCAAGCUUUUGAAUACCGAAUGCAUUGAAGAUACCUAGGGGUAAUAAAAAAGCAAAGAAAAAAACGAUUACCAUUGCCAAAAGAAAUACGACUAAAAGACAAACACACCAAGAUUUGGGAUUCUUGUAGCUGAAAUUACUUAUCUAGUUGCAUCCAUAAUAUCACCCAUGGUGAUCUUUGAAUAGCCAUAUACUACGUAAUGAAGACUGGAUUGGCUACGGCCAGUAAUAUAUAGUUUAUGCUAUCUUUAAUAUUGAUUUCAAAAUGGUCAACCAAGUAAUCUUACAACAUUUAAAGUAAUGUCUUUAUUUGAAACUUGUUUCGGUAAUGUCCUUGUUAUAGCAAUCAUCAAGGAGUACUGAUAUCGGUAUUAAACAAAAUAUUUUGUUAUAUCUAUAUCAUAAUGUUCUUAUUUAUGGUAAAGUGUCCAUGUUUUUGUUAAUUAUCUUUAGAAAAAACUAUACUUUUUAGGUUUUACGCCUUGUACUUCCAGUUUAACAAUUUUUGAAGAAGUUUCAAGAUGGAAUUCAAGCCUAUAGGUCGAAAUAGAACACAUAAAAUGGCAUUGAGAAAAGAAAAAAGAAAUAGUAGAGCUGCCAAAAAAAACACAAAAAAUCACAAACAACUAACGAUCUAACAACAAAAACUCGGUAAAAACAAGACAGAACAGUUCUUGGUCUAGAAGUGACACUCUCGCUGUGUUAACCGGUGUUUAAAUCUUUAAAUUAGGAGUUGGUGAUAAGGCAGAUUAGUAUAUCCGUAGACAUAACUUAAUUCAUAAACCAUCCGUGUAUGUGAUAUUUAAAUCAAAUUCUGAUCUAAUCUGAUAUUACAGAACAUUUGGUAGCUAUAAAUGAUGUAAUUAAUCCUCCGCUUUCAUGUACCUUACACUUAAGAGCUGCAAGGAAACACAAUGCAACGAUCAAGUUUGGCUUUUUGAAGUCUUUGAUAGAUUUAUGUUUUUGUUUCAUCAAUAUAUGUUAUUGCUAAAGAUCUUUAAGUUUUCUGCACUAUAAAAAAAUUUUAAUUGUUUAAUCAAUAGCGUUUCUGAUGCCAUAACACAUUGAAUGCUAAAUCUGACUAAUAGUACUUGUUGCACUUAGUUAUUUAUUGAUGCGCUGUACUAUUAUUCCAUUUAAUCUGUACAAUUAAACUGACAUAUUGCCAGUAAUAAAUUCAUAACAUUUAUAUAUUUCUACAGAACAUUAAAAGCAGAUCAUUUUUCCAUUUUGUGGAGA